GCCAAAUUUACAUGGAUUCCGUUGUUUGUUAACUAUAACUAUUUCCCUGAUCACGAAUGGCAAACAUCCCUCACGGCGGUAUUUUGAAGGAUUUGCAUCUUCGAGAUGCUUCAAAGCAGGCCGAAUUGAAAGCAGAAGCAGCUUCCUUGCCGACCCUGGUUUUAACGGAUCGACAACUAUGCGAUAUUGAAUUACUACUCAACGGUGGAUUUUCGCCUUUGGAAGGCUUCUUGAAUCAAAAAGAUUACAACAGUGUCGUAGAAAAGAUGCGGUUGUCAUCCGGUCUGUUGUGGCCUGUUCCUGUUACGCUGGACGUCAACCAGGAAGAGAUUGAUACAUUAUCGAUCAAGCAUCAACAGCGUAUUGCUUUACUUGAUCCUAGGAACUAUGAUAUUUUGGCCAUCCUGACCGUGGAAGAUGUGUACCGGCCCGACAAGGUUAAAGAAGCUACCUCUGUGUUUGGCAGCAAUGACACAGCGCAUCCUGCCAUCCAUUAUCUUCAUAACAUCGCCAAGGAAUACUAUGUCGGAGGAUCUCUACAAGCCAUCCAAGCACCAGCUCAUUAUGACUAUGUGGCUAACCGAUUUUCACCGAGCGAACUGCGAGCUCACUUCAAGAAACUUCAGUGGACACGGGUGGUGGCUUUUCAAACACGCAAUCCAAUGCACCGUGCGCAUCGUGAACUGACGGUUCGAGCUGCUCGUCAACGCAAAGCGCAUCUGUUGAUCCAUCCGGUGGUCGGUUUAACCAAGCCUGGCGAUAUCGAUCAUUACACGCGUGUGCGCGUCUAUAAAGCGUUGAUGCCUAAAUACCCCAAUGGAAUGGCAGAGCUAAGCUUGCUUCCUUUAGCUAUGCGCAUGGGCGGUCCUCGCGAAGCGGUAUGGCAUGCUCUGAUUCGCAAGAAUCACGGUGUAACACAUUUCAUUGUCGGUCGUGAUCACGCUGGUCCCGGAAAGAACUCUCAAGGCGUUGACUUUUACGGUCCUUACGAUGCUCAGGUUUUGGUGGAGCAGUACAAAGAUGAAAUUGGCAUCGAUAUUGUUCCUUUCCAAAUGGUGACUUACUGUCCUGAUUCAGAUGAAUAUCUGCCAGCUGAUGAAGUGCCCAAAGGCAUCACCACAUUGAAUAUCAGCGGCACUGAACUCCGCCGCCGUCUUAAAGUGGGCUUGCCCAUUCCCGAAUGGUUUUCCUAUCCUGAAGUGGUCCAGGUGCUGCGCCAAUCGCAUCCUCCGCGUCACGCGCAGGGAUUUACCAUCUUCCUUACCGGUCUUCAUGCUUCAGGGAAAAAUGCCAUUGCUCGAGCGCUGCAAGUGUCUCUCAAUCAGGAAGGUACUCGGUCGGUUUCCCUGUUGCUCCGAGAAAAUGUGCGUGCGGAACUGUCCUCCGAGUUGGGUUAUUCCAAGCAUGAUCGCGAUCUGAAUAUUGCCCGUCAGGCGUUUGUGGCAGGUGAACUCACAAGAGCUGGUGCCGCCGCGAUUUUAGCCCCCAUUGCUCCCUAUGACGAAGCCCGCCAACGGGCACGUCAGCUUAUUGGAAAAUAUGGUGGAUUCUAUCUUGUGCAUGUGGCGACCCCCUUGGAAGAGUGCCAGAGAAGAGACCGGGACGGAAUGUACGAACGAGCCCGCAACGGCGAAAUUGAAGGAUUCACAGGCAUCGACGAUCCCUUUGAAAACCCCACCGACGCUGACUUGACCGUCGAUAUCACCAUCCAAUCCGUGUCACAAGCUGUUCAUGAAAUCAUUUUACUGUUGGAAAAAGAUGGUUAUAUUGGUUCUUCCUAAAUAAAAAAAGAUUUUACAUUUUAUUCUGCUUUUACAGUAUGGACCAAACCGUUACAUUUGAAUUUACCCGAUGAAGCCCUUUUUCAUAUGAACUUUUUUCUUUUUGAGAACACAUAAAAUCAGCGACACGCCCACC